GUCAUCCUACGCGACAGGGCUCACGAUGAUGAUGCGGCCAUGGAAAUGCGACCCAGUCAUCGCAUCUAUCAUGCAUCAGUUCGUGGAGAAAAAGAACUCCCCGGCCAAACUGAUCACCCACUUCCCGAGCUUCCAGCGAACAUACGAGGAGCUGCGGGCGCGAAGCAAGGAAGAGGUGAGUCUGUCUAAGCACGUGCACAGUUUUGCCUAUGCCCCGCAGCGGUAUUCCUCCGAAUCGCAGACUCUGUGUCGCAUCAUCCUGACAAUUGAUGCAGUAGUGGGUCUUCUGACGACUGUGCAACAGACCCGCAACGGGAAACCAGAAGGCCAAGCUGCUCGGGAUACCCUGGCUUCCAUAACAACGGAAGGGCUUCUGCAACUUUCCAUGUUAGGAGAUGCCGCUCUGGAGCAAUACCGCAUCGUGGCCAGUCUGGACAGAAGCGAUCUGGAUGAAGCGGAAAUUCCGCGAGAGUUGGAGGACUUCCAUGAGAAGCUGGACCGGUUGUUUAGGCAGCGGCAGGUGCUUGAAAUCCCUGGGUUGACGCAGCUGAUGGUGAGAAAGUUGAAGGAGCCCCGAUCUGUGCUGCUUACAAGCGGCCAAGCCGUCAACUGGGGAGGGCCACACGCAGUGACACCUGCGAUGUUGGAGCACUGCCUCGCGAGGAUGUGCGCGUACUGCACGCUGUCGCGCAAGACCUGGGAGGCCGAAUUUCCGGGGUUCGAGUUGAUGGCCAAUUUCAAGGUCUUUUCCCUAGCGAACGGUUCACAGACGCCGCCCGACUGUAGCUCCAUGCUGGAGGUUUUGGCCAAGGCCAUCGGCGUGCAUUUUCCAACGCUGAGGAUGGAGUACGACGACUUCCGUCCUCUGGCGGCGAAGUUGGCCAAGAAGGAGGGCCUCAGUAACUUCGCUGCCUGGAAGAGAUCCCUGGAGGUGACAACGAGGCAGAGGGCAAGCCACCCAGCGACAGCCUUGUUGCCAGUCCUGGCCCGGUAUGGCUGCUGGUCAUCGUCUACCUCGAGUGUGGAGCGGGGUUUCUCCAUGGCGCAGCAGGCCAAAAACCCUGGGUGCUCGCAGGAUCAGCACGUCGCACGAGAGGAAGACGUGCUCAUCCUGAACCAGGACGUUAUCCCAAAGAUGGCGGACAAGGAGCAAAGUCGGCUGUGCGAAGCUGCCGCGUGCGUCUGGCGAGAGACUUGCAGCCGUGUUCGCACCAGUGGCGUGAAGAAGCGCGCCGAGCGGUCGCCGAAGACUGGAGAGGCAGGCUUCCUGAAGAAGCGGGCGGACGCCACCGAUGCCGUGGUGCAUGCCGACACUCCCGGAGUGGCGCCCAUUGGGGUGGAUGCCAUCAGCGACGUGUUUGCGGAGGGUCACCGCAAAGAGCUGCGCUUCAUCGGUGAGAAGCUCCAGAAACGUAAGCUGGAAGCAUACCUGCAAGGCCACUUGCCUGACCGGUGCAUCAAUGAAGACUUGCAGAUUGAAGCAGAAGCUCACAAGGGCAAGCUGCAAAAAGCGCAGCGUGUGCGCAACAACCAGCAGCUACUUGCGCAGCGGCGGACACUCUGCAAGCAGGAUGUGUGGAACGCUGAAAUGAAAGUAUUCGUCCACCCCAGCGUCGGACAAGCUGGACUCAGACUGCCUGGCAAUCCAUGUGUCAACGAACAGUGGCAAGCUGACUUGGUAAUUCUGGCAGACCCCCGAGCAAUGCCUGAGGAUGUGCAGUUUCUCUCCAGCCUGCGCGGAUCAGUGGUGUGCACUGCAGAGCUAGUCCGCACGCAAGGUGCGUGCGGCGUGGCGGUCGCGCACUUCAGGGCCAUGAGUGUGCAACGGAAGCUGUACGUGACACCGCGGUUCAUGGGCAAUCACACGCAGGUUUGCCGCGGCCUCUUGCAGUUGCUGAGGCUUGCAGAUUGCAAAUGGACUACUUUGACCCGGCAGGAGCUCCAAGGAAUGAUGGAUGCAGGUUUGGACAACAAGAAGAAGAACCAGAUCUUCGUGCUCUGUAUGGCGGAGGAGCAGCAGGAGUUUCGGGACCAUCUGAGGCACGUUUUCACGAUGCAGGAAGCCUUGGCUAGCAAAUUCUUCAGCCGCGAGGAUGUGCCUCGCAGUCGCACAGGCCUUGCGCAAGGCUUCUAA